AUGGCAGCCACAGAAACAGAAACGCCUCAAUUGGCAGAGGUGGACAACGUGGCCACUUCUAGCAAACGAAAGGCCGAUGUCGAGGAAAUUGAAGUCGAUGUAAACGCACCAGAGCCACCGUCAAAACGAGCGCGCCGUGCCCUCAAAAAGGGAAAGGCAUUGCCGACCAAGCCCUCAAGCGACGACGAAAAGGAGGAUAAAGAUGAACAAAAGGAUGGCAAGGACAAAGUCCGCUCCGAACAUGGCGUCUGGAUUGGCAACCUGCCGUUCAGGCUGACCGGGGCGGAGCUUCGCACAUGGUUAAUAGACAACGCUGGAGGCGUCAUCACCGAGGAAUCGAUUACGAGGGUGAAGCUGCCUACAGUAAAGGACGCUAACCGGCGCAAGGAUGAGAAGCCUGCGAACAAGGGAUUUGCCUACGUGGACUUUGCGGAUAUCGGCGCCAAGGUUGCAGCUAUUGCGCUCUCAGAAACCGACUUGACUGGCCGCAAGCUGCUCAUCAAGGACGCCAAAUCGUUCGAGGGCCGCCCCGCCAAAGAGAAGGAGCCCGAGGCUGCGGCUGGAAAUUCAGAAGGGAAUUUAGAUGCAAAGACCGAUCAGCGUCAAGACGCAAACGCCAGCCGAAAAGUUUUUGUUGGCAACCUCAGCUUCAAGGUGACCGAGGACGACUUGAUCAGAAACUUUGAAAAGUGCGGAGAGAUUGAGUGGGCCAAGCUGGCUACGUUUGAAGACUCGGGAAAAUGCAAGGGAUAUGGCUGGGUCAAGUUCAAGGAGCCUGAAGCCGCCGCCUGGGCCGUCAAGGGCUUCGUCAAGAUCAAGGAACGGGUGGAAACCGAAGACGACUUCCGUGACGACAAGAGCGACGACGAAGCAGAGGACGAGGACAAAAAGGAGAAGUCAAGCGCAAAUCAGAAGCAGUUCAAGACGAGGAAGUGGUGGGUAAACCGCAUGCUGGGCCGGGAACUGAAGCUUGAGUUGGCCGAGGAUGACCGGGUGCGAUACAAGAAGAGGUUCGGCAAGGAUGCUCCCAAGAGGGCGGACGAUACGUCGAGACCUCCCAGGAGAAGCAGGCCGGACGAGAGAGACGACAGCAGAGGAGCCAAAGUAUCAGAGCCUGCGCCAUUCAAGGCCGCAGAGGACAUUGCUGUUGCUCGUCUUACGGGUGGCUUAGUACAGCAUACGGGAACCAAGGUUACGUUUGACUAG